UCAUGAGGAACCUGCUCACCACACAGGAUCAGAAUUUCUACCGCGAGUUGAUUCUCAAGGAGGCCUACACACGACUAGCAUGGAAGAUGAAAUACAGCGGGGAAUAUCCCAUCAGCUCCUCCUCUCGCAGGUCUAAAUCCAUCGGGCUUUUCAACCCUCCAUCUGUCAGUGAAGUCACACUGCCUCCCGUGGUCCAGACGCAGAAACCCAAGACCCCUGUAGUGACCCGGGGGGUCCUGAGCGAAGCCCCUCUGAUGAGACCCGUGAGCUCACAAACCAAAGCUUCUCUGUAUGCCGGAUUAUCUAAUGAUGGUAAAGGACGACGGCUGUACCUGAAGAAACGUACUGAACAAGGUCCAGAGGAGAAGUAUGAACAUCCGAUACUGUCAUCCUGGGAUUAUGGAUGGAGGUUAGGUGACUAUGAGAUGACCUGUAAGACGCCAGGCAACGGAAGAUCUGAGAUCGUAAGGAACACUUUCUACGCCAGGAAUGGCAUUUUUAAUAUUCCCUCGGCUACAGAUCAAUGCCGCUGAACUGCUCGAUCAACUCCAGAGCUGUUUUCGUUGAAAUGUUCUUAUGAAAUUCAGACCCAGAAUACUGUGACAAAGUAAAUUCUAAUGUUUAUUCAUCAGGUCAAAUGCGACACAACGCUCUCACAUGGGUUGUGCAUAGAGUUCAUUGAUGAACAAUAGAGAGAAAUGAGAUGGAACCUUACCCUCACUGUCUCAUAGCAACCAGUAAACCAACACGUUGAAUGUCUGGUUCAUUAUUUACAAGCACAGGAAGAUCUUCAGCAACUUUCAAUGAAGCUCUGUCUUUAAUUAAAAUAAAAUUAUUUUUUUCAUCUGUUUUGUAGUUGAAUGUGUAAGAAGUAGACAGGUGUAAGGUAUUUAUUGCUAAAGCCAGUGGAUAAAACACACAUCAAAUGAGACUUGAGUUAAGUUAUUUUGGUAGACAAAAAUAUAUUUGUGAUACCUCAAGAAGCUGCGUGAUAAAACGACAUUUGAUUUAUUUAGUGAUGUAAU